UUGCAAAAGAAUGUACCGUGAACGUGGCUUAUGAAUUUCGUCACUCACGUUCUUUCACCGUCAGCCACCACGCGAACAAAAACGAAUUACCGGCGAACAUAUGUGAAUAAUAUGUAAACGCACACACCUCAUAUAAAUGAGAAACCUUUCCUCCCUAUUUCAUAAGUGUAGUGUACUUAGUAAACUUUUGCCAGUUGUCGUAACACCGCGCCGCCUGUCGCACCAGCUGCAGCAGUGGGGCAGCAACAAAGUCCACAGGAAGAUUAAAAUACCCAAUCCUCUUCGUGAAAUAAUCAUGGCUGACCCCAAGAUCGAGGAAAUCCUGGCGCCGCUCCGCGCGAGCGUGAAAGAGCAGGGUGAUUUAGUGCGUAAACUGAAAGAAGAGAAGGCACCCGAAAUCGACGUGAAGAAAGCCGUCGCCGAGCUCAAAGCGAGAAAGAAAAUUUUAGAAGACAAGGAACUGGCGCUGGCGCCUACUGAAGAAUCUUUCGAUCGCUCCAAGAUGGAAGAUCUCAUCAAGAGAAGAUUCUUUUACGACCAAUCUUUCGCUAUCUACGGAGGUAUCACUGGCCAGUUCGACUUCGGGCCGAUGGGCUGCGCGCUGAAAAGCAACAUGAUCCAGCUGUGGAGGAAGUACUUCAUUCUCCAUGAGCAAAUGUUGGAAGUGGACUGUUCCAUUCUCACACCAGAGCCUGUACUGAAGGCUUCUGGGCAUGUGGAGAGAUUUGCUGACCUGAUGACUAAAGAUGUGAAAUCUGGAGAAUGCUUCCGCUUGGACCACUUGAUCAAGGCGCAUUUAGAGAAAAUCAAGAGUGAGAAGAACACAAAACCUGACCUCAAAGCAGAGAUUGAAGAUAUCCUUGUGAAGCUUGAUGGCAUGACUGCUGAUGAGAUGGCUGCACUGAUGAAGAGGUUUGAAAUGAAGUCUCCAAUCAGCGGGAAUGAGCUGACACCACCAAUUGAGUUCAAUCUCAUGUUCAAUACUCAGAUUGGCCCAUCGGGUCUUAUCAAGGGCUUCCUCAGACCUGAAACUGCCCAAGGCAUCUUUGUUAAUUUCAAGCGUCUCCUAGAAUUCAACCAGGGUCGCCUACCAUUUGCUGCAGCACAGAUUGGCAACUCAUUCAGAAAUGAGAUCUCUCCCCGCUCUGGCCUGCUCAGAGUGAGAGAAUUUACCAUGUGUGAGAUUGAGCACUUUUGUGACUCCAAAGACCAUCCCAAGUUUGAGGCAGUCAAGGACACUAAGAUGCUCUUGUACUCUGCUGACAACCAGGAGCAGGGGCGGCCAGCUGAAAUUGUCACUAUCGGAGAAGCUGUGGCCAGAGGCACAGUCAACAAUGAGACCCUUGGGUACUUCAUGGCCAGAAUUCAUUUGUACCUGUUAGCAGUAGGUAUCGAUGCUAACAAGCUUAGGUUUAGGCAGCAUAUGGGCAAUGAGAUGGCACACUAUGCCUGUGACUGCUGGGAUGCUGAAUGCCUGUCUAGUUAUGGCUGGAUUGAGUGUGUCGGCUGUGCUGAUAGAUCUGCCUAUGACUUGACACAACACACUAAAGCUACUGGUGUCAGAUUAGCUGCCGAAAAGAAACUGCCAGCUCCUAAACAAAUAGUAGUAGUAGAAGCAGUCGCUAACAAAGCUGCUAUUGGCAAAGCUUUCAAGAAAGAUGCUAAAGUAAUCAAUGACACCCUGGCAGCCAUGGAUAAUGCCACUUUGGACCAACUACAGAAGGAACUGAAUGCAGAAGGAGCCUACAAUCUCAUUACCCCUAAUGGUGAAUUCAAGCUUACUGCCGAUCUUGUCAGUGUCAAGAAGUCAGAAAAGACGAUUCAUGUAGAAGAGAUCAUACCCAGCGUGAUUGAGCCAUCAUUUGGGGUUGGUAGGAUUUUAUAUUGCUUGUUGGAGCACAAUUUCAAGAUGCGCGAAGGUGAUGAACAGAGGACGUACUUCUCGCUGCCCGCAACCGUCGCUCCCAUGAAGUGCGCAGUGCUGCCUCUGAGCGGCAACGCCGAGUUUCAACCGUUUGUUCGUGAGCUCUCUCAGGAGUUAACAUCUGCAGAUGUGUCCCACAAAGUCGACGAUUCCUCCGGCUCGAUCGGCCGCCGCUACGCACGCACAGAUGAGCUUGGCGUGCCAUACGCCAUCACCGUCGACUUUGACACGACGAACGAGCCUCAUACGGUGACCUUGAGAGAGCGGGACAGCAUGUCGCAGGUCCGACUCCCUCUGGCCGACGUCCCGAACGUCGUCCGUGACCUGUCCAACAGCAAGAUCUCCUGGGCCGAUGUUGAGGGGAAAUAUCCUAAAUUCGAGCAGCAAGAGACCAAGGGAGCGGCCGCGUAGUACGAGGCAUUCUGACGCAAACAGAUGUUUGUCCAAGUGUCCUAUGUGACGCAAUCGAGGUGCACUCUCCUAUAAUGUUAGCUUAAGCUUAAUUGCGCAUUUGUUUCAGAAUUUUCACCUACAUAAUCAUAUUUUCAGUUGGAACAAUCUUUGUAUUUAUUUUGCAGUCUACAAAUAAACAUAAAAUUACAUUA